AUGGUAGCCCAAGCGUAUUACAUACGGAAUCCUUAUCCGGUACCGGAUGUCUCUCGAGAGGGUUUUUGGACAUCUCGUGGACCUGUACUUGGUAAUAAAGUUUUACCUAACUACAGAGACUGGGAUCUCAAGUUAACUCCUUACGAACGUCUCUUUGCUCAUCAUACUUUGAAUAGCAUAAGGAAGGAUUGUCGAUUAAUCAGACCGCAGGUACCAAGCGAUUCUUUGGACUUGGCAUUGAACAGCGUUUACGUUCACAGCAAGGAUACUUUAGUUCCCAAAAUGUAUACCAUCAUGCAACCUGAAACUCUUGGACAAGAGACUUGGCGAGUUCUCAAAAAUGAAAUUAAGAUCAUACCUAAGAAAUCAAUAUUACCUGUCGAACAAAAACGAAAAGUUAUCGUAACCGGUAAUAUAUUUGAAUCUUCGACGAAGGAACGGACUUUGGGUGAACCAUUGAAAUGUUAUCGUGGUCCGGUCAACGAGAAUAGGAUUCAUCCUAGCAGCGUGAAAUUAGCUAUCGAGGGUCCUCACACGGAUCAAUCGAAUCCCGGUUACAGUCGUAAAAUUGACGGAACUUUUUACAAUAUUUAA